UUUCCCCGCAUCAGAUGGUGAGUGACAUUUCCAAUCGCGCAUUCUGUCUGCGAACGAAACACAUUUUCAAAACACGUUUAAUGUGCGCUAAAAACGGAAGAAAUCGCUAAAAUGGUUGCAAAUACGUUCACAAAAUACGCGAAAUAUACGGUAGAAGAGCUAGAAUCGUACGUGGCGGACCCCAAUUCAUGUGUGCAGAAGCUGGAGUGGACAAAUCUGGUUUCCGUACUGCCAAAGUAUCUCGGCGAUAUCUGCGAGGGAGUAAAGGCAUGUCUGACGCAAAAGAUCGGAAAGUAUGACCGGAUGGUUGAUGGGAUAAUUCUGGCGUUCAAGAAUACGAAGAUCCUGAGUCCUUUGUCGGCUAUUAGGCCCAACAGUGUCCGGAUCCAUGUCAAGGUGUCGUCGAAUUUCUACGUGUUUCGUCCCAUCAGUGGGGCCACAAUUGAAGGAACCAUCAAAUAUGUCUCGAAGAAUUACCUCAGCGCAGUCAUCUAUCGGGUUUUCAACGUUACGAUCCGGUUGCAGAAGCAAAAGUUGCAGGAACAGAAACAAGGACGGGUAAUAAGCUUUAUCGUCAAAUCCUUCGACAUGAAAAGCGACCUGCCGUAUAUUGAGGGAGAGCUUAUUUCCACGCCGGAUGAUCUGGAUGACCAACUGGAAUUGGUAGAGCACAGGGUGAAGAAGGAGAAAUCGCCGAGAAAAUCAAUAAAAGCGGAGCCAAUGGAUGUCCAGGAAGAAGUUACCAACGUUCAGACAAAAUCAGAAGCCGACUCCACAGGAAUGGCCACCGAAGACGGUGAAUCGGACGAUGAGGAUGAUGUUGAGAGAUCAAUGAAAGCUAUUUUGGACAAUCUUCAGAAGGAAAUGAGCGAUUCAGCUACAGAAAGUCUUUCGAAAUCGAAGUCCGGGCCGAAAGCGCAGGAUACGAAUAAAAAGAACAAACGAAAGAAAAGUGGCGAUUCAACAAAAAUGAAGGAAAAAAGCAAGCCAAAACAGGCGAAACUCAAUGGGCACGACGAAGAUCCCAAGGACGACAUCGAAGAUUCCAUAAAGGCCAUUUUGAGUGGUAUUGAAAAGGAAAUGAGUGACGUCGCAGAUUCAGAUUAUAGUUCCUCGCAGCCGAAUAAACCUGAAAUACCAACGCCGUCUGCCAUAAAGACAGAAAGAAUCGAUAAAAAGCCUAACCGAAAAAAUACAAUUGAAUCUGGUUCACCCAAAAAAGGAAGCAAACGGAAACAACCCAAAUUGAACGGACAUUCUGUUGGUGAGGAAAACAACCAGCAUGAUGAUAUGGAAGACUCGAUCCAAGCCCUAUUAAGUGGUCUUGAGAAAGAAAUGAGCGACGCUGUGGAAUCAGACCACGGUGCCUCCAAAUUAGAGGACACCAAAUUGGAAGCACCAUCUUCCGCAAAGAAAUCUUCUGGGAAAAAGAAGAAAAAGAAACAAGAGUUCAACAUUGAUUCCCUGGAGCAAGAACUGUUACAAAAACUUGCAGCCGAAUACAGCGAACCGGAAACAGCAGAGUCCGCGGUAACGCAAUCUGCAAAGAAUAAGAAAAACAAAUCUAAGAAGGUGAAAGAGGACGACUUUGAGGCUUCGAUUAUGUCUUCCAUUCUGAAGUGUGCUGCGUACGCUGAGGAGAGCGAAUCCAAGAACAGUCCUGCCUCGUCGCCAUCGAAGAAAAUGGGUAAAACUGCGCGGAAGUCCGUACGGUUCGAUAACACCAUCACGGAAGCAUCGUUCAAUGCUUUUGACUCGUCCGAGCUUCUGGAAAUAUCGCAGCUCCAGUCACCAUCGUUGUCCUCCACGUUGAAAGGCAACUCGUAGUAGACAUUCAGUUGAUAGUUCCCAACACAAGAUAAUGUGCUGUAAUGAAUGACAGAAGAUUUUGCAGAGUAUUGCAAAAUGCUGUAAAUGGAUCGUUUGUUUGAGAACCUUACAAACCCCAUAUUGAUUAAAAUGUGUUUUAUUAAAAGUCUAAAGCGAAACUCUAAGAAAGAAAUCAAUCAUCGUUAAAAGGAUAAAAUCUGAAAACAAGCAGUUUCAGGCAUUUUUUAAUUUUGAAUACACAGGAUCAUCGUUACUUUAUUUCAACUGAAAAUUUUCAUCAAUGCUUGUUCUUAUAUUACUCAAAGUGGACGUUUAUGAUUUGUCAGACAAACGGUUCUAUUAGUAAUACUUAAUUUAAUAAGUGUAAUUUUCAAUACAACGCUAACUAAGAUGUUCAUUGUCGUUCACCUAGCCAAAGGAUGUAAGUAAUAUUACAAUAAAACCGUUAAAAAAAAUCCACA